UUGCCAUAGCGACCGUUUUACGUUAACUGGUUUGUAGCUUUCAUCCAGGUGACUGCGAGACUGCGGGGGCAACUUGUCUUCCCAUUUCCUCUCGGUUCCCUGCGGCCGAAACGCCUUCCAGGCUCCGGGGGUCUGGCCUAGGCUUCCGCGGCGGCCCUCGAGGGCGGAAUGGCUGCGGAAGAAGAGGACGAGGUGGAAUGGGUAGUGGAGAGCAUCGCGGGGUUUCUGAGGGGCCCGGACUGGUCCAUCCCCAUCUUGGACUUUGUGGAGCAGAAAUGUGAAGUUUUUGAUGAUGAAGAAGAAAGCAAAUUGACCUAUACGGAGAUUCAUCAGGAGUACAAAGAACUAGUUGAAAAGCUGUUAGAAAGUUACCUUAAAGAAAUUGGAAUUAAUGAAGAUCAAUUUCAAGAAGCAUGCACUUCUCCUCUUGCAAAGACCCAUACAUCACAGGCCAUUUUGCAACCUGUACUGGCAGCAGAAGAUUUUACUAUCUUUAAAGCAAUGAUGGUCCAGAAAAACAUUGAAAUGCAGCUGCAAGCCAUUCGAAUAAUUCAAGAGAGAAAUGGUGUAUUACCUGACUGCUUAACAGAUGGUUCUGAUGUGGUCAGUGACCUUGAACAGGAAGAGAUGAAAAUCCUGAGAGAAGUUCUUAGAAAAUCGAAAGAAGAAUAUGACCAGGAGGAAGAAAGAAAGAGUAAAAAGCAGCUAUCAGAGGCUAAAACAGAAGAGCCUCCGAUGCAUGCCAAUGAAACUGCAAAAAUGAAUAAUUCCCAAGGGAAUGGUGAACAUUUUGCACACCCACCCUCAGAAGUUAAAGUGCAUUCUGCUGAUCAGUCAGUACAAACUUUGACAAGAAAGCUGGAAACGUUGCCUGAAAGUUCCUCCCUCCCACAAAAAGACCUGAAGAUUCCUGGCUUUGAACAUGCAAACAUUGAGGGACCAAUAGCAAAUUUAUCAACACUUGGAACAGAAGAGCUCCGGCAACGAGAACACUAUCUGAAGCAGAAGAGAGAUAAGUUGAUAUCCAUGAGAAAGGAUAUGAGGACUAAGCACAUACAAAAUUCGGAGCAGAAAGGAAAACCUGCUGGGGAGGUAGAGGAAAUGACAGAGAAACCAGAAAUGACAGCAGAGGAGAAGCAAACAUUACUAAAGAGGAGAUUGCUUGCAGAGAAACUUAAAGAAGAAGUUAUUAAUAAAAGAGCUACCAUUAAAACAGAUAAAGGAACAACUGCCUGAGCCUGUUGACCUGAAUUCUGCCAUGGGUGUAGGUCUUCUGUGUGUGAAGUGAUCCCAGGUAGUGUUCUGUUGUCCAUUUGCUAAAAAAUAACCAGAAAUAGUAGGAGAGAAACCUUCCUUUCAGAAGCUUCCUGUGUUGUGUCAUCCCAUAAGCACCCUCUUUUCUAGUUACGGGCCACUCCUGAGUUUAACUUACAAUUCCAUUUUAUCUCCUUAAAUCUAUCGUUAUAAACUUUUUAAAAGGGAUACCAAAAUUACAUUAGUUCCAACUUUCAACGUGCAGAGAAAACUCAGCAUCACUUUAUAUUUGUCACAUUUUCAUCACAGAUGGACAAGUUGAAAAACUAGUGGUUAAAACACAGAAAUCUGUUCAUGUAGCUUUUUAUUAAAAAUAGUUUCUAUAUUGCAUACAUGUUUACAGAUAUAAUUUUAAGAGAACCUCAGGCAUACAAAUGUGGGCUCCGGCUUGCUUCACUGAGUGAAGAUAAAGAUAAAAAUCUUGAUCUGCCUGAGGGUAGACAUUUAAGACAGCAGCUAACGUGUAAUCUUAAGUUAGUUAUUCUUUCAAGGGUUAUUUUUAAGUCUUGUUUUCGUAUCAUUGUGGGUGAGCAUCUGUACCAUGAAAAGUGUUUUCCUGUAAUUCAACAAAACAUUCACAUUUCUGCUAUAAGAAAAGUUUCUCCUAUGAUGAUUUAAAUGAUUUAAAAGACUUGUGGCAGUUCUUCAGAAAGGAAAAUUAAAGAAACUUCAUAAGAUAUAUAAAGAUAAUACUUCCUACUGGAACUUAAAAUUACUUAAUCAGGAAGAGUCAAGAGUAAAUAGGGAAACGCUUUAGGGUUGGGCUUAUUAGAGUCCAAGAGGAAAUUUAAUAAGAGCUAAGAAGAGUGAAGAGGCUUGAUAAAAUUUGCUUGAAAGAAAAUGUAUUCAUAUGGUAACUUUACUGAUCUUGGUUUAAAUCCUGAUUCACUUGCCUUUAUGAGGUGGAAGGUCUUUUUCAAUAUAUGUACCUUUAAUCAAAGAGGUGGUAGAAGCCCAAUGCUGUGAUGCUUUGGUGCUGGGACUUUUAUGUGUCCAAGGCAUACCUUCUAUGUGCAAUUGACCCUUGUUUAGAAUUCUUUCAUUCAGACGGGUGUAUGACACAGUGGUCUAUAAUAAAUAUCUAUGGAUAACUUAGUGGCUUUAAAAAGAUAUUGUAAAAUGGACACAUCUCAAAAUGGAGUUUACUUAUAUUUACAAGAAACCAAACAAAAGCAACAAACAUAGAAUUACAGGGUCACAUUUUAAUUCCUGAAUUUUACAGGUCAGCAUUAAUAUCACCACAUGUAUACAAAUGGUGUAAAACAAGUACAGUGGUAUUUUUAAUACAAAAUAAACAUCUGUUUUAUGGAAAAACUAUACUUCGUAUCUACACAGACAGCCCAUCUUCCAAACAAUAGCCAAAAUUAAAAUUAACUACAAAAUCUCCAAAACAGGGGAAACUGCUUCAGUUUAAGCUAUUCCAGGAAAAAUGGACCCGUAACACAUUACAAGGGUGAUCUGAAGGCUGUAGCUGGAAUUACUAUUUUUAGUUUUUUGGUUUUUUUCUUCCCAAUGCAUUAAAUUGUAGUUUGGGGGAUGUUUUUCUCACUUCAGCAUCUCAGAUCAUAGAUGAGCAAACUAACAUUAAAAUAUUUACAGUUAACUUGCUGUUCUAAAAAUAAAA